AUGGCCGUCGGACGCAGCGCAGCCCUCAAGCUCGACUGGACCAAGCUCGGCCAGCAGCUCGGCCUCAGAGGCAACACCGCCGUCGCCCUGCAGUCGUUCAAGAAGCGCAACGACGACGCCCGCCGCAAGGUCACCGUCCUGUCCGAGCAGCCCCAGACAGUCGACUUCUCCCACUACCGCUCCAUCCUCAAGAACCAGGCCAUCGUCGACGACAUCGAGAAGCAGUUCUCCGCCUUCAAGCCCCAGACCUACGACGUCAACAGGCAGAUCAAGGCCAUCGAGGCCUUCGAGGCCCAGGCUCUCAAGAGCGCCGAGGAGACCAAGGCUGUCGUCGACAAGGAGCUCGGCGACCUUCAGAAGACUCUGAAGAACAUCGAGGACGCCCGGCCGUUUGCUGACCUCACCGUCGACGAGGUCGCCGCUGCCCAGCCCGAGAUCGACCAGCGCACCGAGCAGCUCGUCUCUAAGGGCCGCUGGGCCGUUCCCGGUUACAAGGCAAGUCACAGCGAUUUCACGUGCGCGCGCAUUUCCACGUAUACUAACAACCUCACAGGAGAAGUUUGGAGACCUUUCCGUAUUGUAGACGUCUCUUUCUCGAUAGCCAAGUUUUACCCGACCUGGGGUUGUAUACCUACGUAUUGUGAAUAG